AGUUUAAAGGAAAAACCGGAUGCUACCGUUGCUAAAGACGGUACAGGGAGAUUCAAGACCGUGCAAGAAGCCAUUGCUGCUGCGCCGGAGCAUGGCAUGAAUCGGUAUGUCAUCUAUGUAAAACAGGGUAUCUAUGAUGAAGUUGUCAGGAUUGGGGAAGGGAAGGUGAACAUAACACUCGUCGGAGACGGUAGCGAGUUGACGAUUCUCAGCGCCAGCCUGAACAAUAAAUAUGGAUACAGCACCUACAACUCGGCAACCUUAGGUGUUGACGGCGAUGGGUUCAUAGGUCAAGAUCUAUGGAUCAGGAACACGGCGGGGGCAUCUAAGGGCCAAGCAGUUGCCCUAAGGGUUAGCGCAGACAGAGCCAUCUUAUACAGGUGUCGCAUAGAAGCGUUCCAAGACUCUCUGUACGCGUACAAGAACAGACAGUUUUACAAAGACACUUACAUCAGCGGGACCAUAGACUUUAUCUGCGGAGAUGCAAAGGCGGUUUUCCAGUCCUGCCGCAUCGUGGCUCGCAAGCCAAUGGCAUCAGAGAGCAACGUUAUAACGGCGCAGUCAGCAAACAGCACAGACGAGAGGACGGGAUUUAUAUUCCACAAAUGCAUUCUAACUGCAAGCGUUGAUCUUGAACCGGUGAGAAAAGUUGUUAAAACGUACUUAGGGCGCCCCUGGGGUGCGUACGCAACAGUCGUGUUUAUGAAGUCUUCUAUGGGCGAUUUGAUAACCCCCGAGGGGUACACUCCAUGGAGUGUCAAAGACCUUGGACGAUCGUCCACGGUAGACUACAGGGAGUACAUCAAUACCGGUCCUGGGGCGGACACUCGGAGAAGAGUGAAUUGGAAAGGAUUCGGAGUUAUUCAAGACCCCGAGGAGGCUGAAUGGUUCACUGUCAGAAAAUUUAUUCAGGGGGAUGACUGGAUUCGCUCCACGGGAGUGCCCUAUGAGGGUGGUCUAUAA